AGAUGUGCAAAAGACCAUGAAUGGCAAGCAAGAUUUUCUUGUAUUAAAAUUCGCAAAAGAUGGUGUCUACAUUGUGCAGGAAAUGCACCUCACACUAUUGAAGAAGCUAGACAGAUAGCUCAUAGCAAAAAUG